GGUCGAGAGACACGCACAAGCCGUUGCGUAGGUCUUACGUAACGGCUUCCACUCUUUUUUUUCUUUUUUUUUUGUUGGGUUUCUCGUCCUCGUCUCGCUAUGCUAAUGGUCCUUUACAUGAGGUAAUGGGGGAGACUCAUCUAUACGAAGGGCUAUGGCAAGCCACAAUAAGAUAUAAUUCAAAACCCCAGUCAUGACGGUGGUCUUCCACCAUUAAGAAAGACAGCUAAUGACAGAUAUCUAAAUAUUUAUUUAGAUAUAGAUAUGAAUCUUUAGAAGAUUUAAGUACAUGUCAAUAAAUACAAACAAAUAAAACUACUUAAGGUUUAAAAAAAAAUAAACUUUUUAGUGAAAAAAUGAAUCCAGUCCAGAUUUGACCAGUCCCAGAAUCCUAGAUUUGGAACUAAAGGUGAUCAAAUGCAGACCAGGUUCCUCCUCCAAAACCAUUCCAAAGUCACUGUCAUAAGCCACAACUGAUGACAGAACAUCAGUUUCAGAUAGCUGACACUGUACAAAAGUACAGGUCAAUAAAGGAUGGAUUGAGGUGCAAAUGACAGACUUUGUUUUUAGUCAGGAGUUUGUGAUGAUGCCCUUGGUCAGGUACUUAACACGUACAGGACGUUCGACUUUAAUCAGUUUAUUCAAGGAUACAUAUUUUGCAACAUGCGUUGUUUUGUUUAGCAACAUAAACUGGAUGUUCAUCCAUGCCACAUAAUAUAAAAUUAUAUAUUGAAUGGAGAGAAGAUGUUUUUUUUUCUUUUGCUUCUUCCAAAAUCACAUUUGUUUUCCAGAAAUAUGCAGUUUGUGACAAUAUGCUGUGACAUUGAAGCAACCGUCAUAUAGAUGCCAUUAGCAUUAAAUGCCUGCGGCAACUCUAACGACACCUGCAAGUAAAAAAUCUAGAAAUUCUAUAUAAUGAAAGUGCUUAGGCGACAGGGAGAAACUGAGUUAUAAACAUCAACUUAAAAGAGCUUGUCAAACAAUUAUAUAGUAAAGUAUCUUGCCAUACAAGUCUGAGACGAGACCAUAUUUUUACAGCUUCACAGUUUUAGCCUUUAAACCCUCUUAAGGCCAGAAUUACAUAAAGGCCACAUCAUGAAACUGUUGUAAUUGUGAAAUAACAAAAACAGUGAUGAUGUGCUCCAUCCUGGUUUGUUACAGACAACUCUAAUUUUCAGGAUGAGGCAGUUAUUCACUAUUAUUGUGUUUUUUUGUGGGGAGGGAGAGGGUGCUUACACGGCAGAAUUAAAAAAAUAAAAAAAGGCAAAAUUUUGUCUGUGCUGGAAGGAUGGUGGUAAAAAAUAGUACAAGACUGUCUGAGCCACACCGAUAAAACCAGCUGAACUGCAAUUCUGUGUCUGUGACGCAAAGUGCUGCAUACAUAAGGGAGCAUCUAUGACCAAACAGAUUUAUAAUAAAUAAAUAGUUAGUUCUACAAGGCUAAGUAUGGAUUAAAAAAACAAAAUUUGUUUUUUAACAAAGAAGAUGCAUUGUUAACAGAGAUGAGGCUGAUGGGGAGGGGAAGACUUCAUGAAUAGAUGACAAAUAGUAAAAUUAUAGUUUCAAACGUCCUGAUGAGAAUUCGUAAAACUAAGAUCACGAAAAAAUAUAAAUUAAUCAAUUAAAAAAAUGACAUGGAAAUAAACUAGAAUAGGAGAAAAGUUAGUAAAUCAUGAUGAUGACACAAUAAAGUAAAUUUAAAAAAAAUAAUGAGUAUGAAGCCAAACAGUGUAAGGAAAUUGCAUAGAUAAUAAAAUUUGGAAUAAUUUAUCAUAAUUACCUAAAAUCAAACAAAACCCUGAUCCACAAAGAUCAGUCUCAAAUUUGUUUUUUUUUUAUUUUUAUUUUUUGGUUUUGUCCUUCCCUGUAUCUAUUUGAACACAGAUGGUGGUCACAAGGCAGACGAGAGCCGUUCAAAGCUGACUCAUAUCAAAGGCCCUCUGGCUCUUUGUGAUGCUGCGUUUGCAACAGGUGACAUUUUGGGCUGGAAACCGUUUUUGACUUUGAACGCCAACCCUGAGCCGAACCUCUCCGGCGCCGACAGGGAAAAGCAGGGCAGGGAUUAUAGCAGAGGGAAACUGACUUUUCCCUCUGCAUAUCGCAGCAACAUGGUGGAGUGAAGGUGCUCCUUCUAAAAACAAAGGCAAACCUUUCAAAGGAUUAACAAUGAUUUUGGUGUGAAAUUAUUUCUUUCCUGCUGAUUUGACAGCAAAAAGAACCAGAAGACCAAUUCCAGUGGGGUCGUCGAAAGCACCGACACGAAUACGACGUUCACGUUGGUGAAGUGUGUACAUAAACCUCUCACCGGGUCAGCAAUUGAAAUACAGCCGCACUUUGUUUUGCCUCUCGGGAAAUGGGGGAUCCUCUGACGGACUCCAGCUCCCUCAUCAGCGCAGCCUCCCGUGGGAAGCUUCGUCUGGUCCGCCUCCUGGUGGAAGGUGGAGCCCAGGUGAACGGGAGCAACCAGAGAGGAGAGACGGCCCUCCUGGCUGCCUGCAAGGCCCUGAGAGAAGAGCCAGCCGGGAAGGAGAGCGUGAAACUCCUGAAUCUCCUGCUGCAGAAUAAGGCAGAUCCCAACGCACGGGACCAGGAGGGUCGCACUGCUCUGAUGUACAGCUGUAUGCGGAGAGCGGGCGCUCUGGUGGCGUCCGCCCUGGUGGCUGCAGGAGCGGACCCGUGCAUAGAGGACGGCUCUGGAGCCUCAGCUUUGGUCUACGCCAUCAACGCACAGCACCAACCCACAGUGCAGGUGCUAAUAGAUGCUUGCCGGGCCAAAGGUCGCGACAUCAUCAUCAUUGCUACGGAGACGGGCGCGGACAGAGGCCCAGUGACCAGGAGGUACCUGAACGCCCCGUCUCCGGACUCCUCCCCCGUGUCCUGCAUGUCCCCGUCCGACAUCACCCUGAAGACGGGCUCGCUAAACUCACCUGAGGGGGGAAACGUCUUCAACUUCAGAGGAACAACAGGCAAACAUGGAAGCGGCAGCAGACGCUCGUCGUUCGAGCUGAGUCAGUCGAGUCCGUGCAGCGGUCCGGCUUCCAGACACCGGGUGUCAUCUGAACCGUGGUUGGCCAUUAACAACCUGGACUCCCUGAAGAGGGCUUACGAACAGGGAAUGAGGGAGAGGAACCUCAAGGAGGAAGAACGUGGAGGCGCGGACGUGGAUGAGGAGAUGCAUUUCCAGAGGAAGGACAACGUGGCGCAUAGACCGGAUGCUGGGUUUGCCGGAGACGCUCACAAAUGCUGGAGCAAUGACUCGCUUACAACCAAGCCAGACUGUGGUGUCCCCGAGAGCAUUCUGUCACCGGAAGGGUCAGACAUGAAGCUUUCACCCUGCUCAUCCCCUCGCUUUCAUCUCCGCAGGAACACUCUCCCCUCUGUCACGGUGGUCCAUCCUCCGCUUCACCUCCCGCCCUUAACGAAGCGACCAGACUCUCACCUGCGGGUGCCAGCUAACGUUUUACCCGCAGGAAGCAGACCCGUGUUUCAGCCGCGCCCACCCUGCUCCUCUCCCCCGUCCCCAGCGUGUGCCAGAGCGGCCCUGCUCCCUCUGCUCCCCCAGGCCUCCUCUCUGCUCCCCCAGGCCUCCUCUCUGCUCCCCCAGGCCUCCUCUCUGCUCCCCAGGCCUCCUCUCUGCUCGCUCCUUCUGGCUUCAGGAGCAGGUCACUGCGUCGUCACUCGGCCCAGUUAGAACAAAAUAAUUUGGACUUUUGAAACUGUGAAGCUAUUGAUAGGUUCGUGGCCUGGUUUUAUCCAUUUAUUUUAAAUGAGUGUCGAGUCCAGCUGCAUCUGCAGCCUUCUGCCUUAUUUUGUAUCAACUCGUCGGUUCUUGAUCUGCAUAAAUGUCACUUUCACUUUCAAUGUCAGUUUUUUAGAUGUCAAACUAACCGCUGAAGCCAAACUAGCUCAGU